ACAGACCCUGCGAUCCACAACCGAGGUCCUCGGAGGGGACACAGCGAGCGGUGGCGGCGCCGGUGACCGCGCCCCUGGCCGCGGCGUCAGUGCGUUGGGCCCCAGCGGGCAGCGCGCUGAGCACCUCGCUUCCCUCGCCGGCCGGAACUUCAAAGCCUUUCCCUGCUCAGCGCUCCGGUUUCCGGCUCCGGAAAACAGAUUUUUUUACUCUAACCCCUAUCCUCUUCGGCCUGUGAUGCCAACCUACGACCUAUAACAGUGCCUGGAAGAGGAAAAUGUUGAAAAGCAAAAGAGUCAGCUACUUACUGUUGAUUGCUGUUGAUCCAUUUACUAUGCUUACUAUGUGCUAGGCACUGGCGAGUGUUUUACAUGCCUGGCCUCGUUUAAUCCUAUCAACCACCUAGGAGCUAGUACUACUGUAUUAUCCCCAUUCGUAGAAAAGGAUAAUAACAAUGGGAACAAUAAUUGUAAUGGCAGACCCAUGUAUUAAGUUCUUUCCAAAGGCAGGCACCAUCAAUUAUCAAUUCUUUUUUUUUUUUAACUCAUAAAUUCUUGAGAUAGGCUUUAAUGUCCCAUAUUUCAGAUGAGGAAACCAAGGCAAUUAGGUAGUGGCAGAUGCAGAAAUAACACCUAUGUCUUCCUCACCCCAAAGCAUGUUCCUAGAGUUUUGGGAGCCUCCUUGAUGCUCCAGGAGGGACCCCUGCCCUGUCUGUGGCAGCCUCCCUGCUCCACCUGGGCAAGGUGUUCUGUGGCUUCUCAUCAGCCUGGCCUUGAACCACAGGUGCUUCACCAGCACAGCAGGAGGUAUGGCGGGCGUGGAGCAGCACGAGGGCACCAUCCAGGUGCAGGGCCAGAGCCUCUUUUUCCGAGAGGCUCACCCGGGCAGUGGGCAGGCCACCCGCUUCUCCGUGCUGCUGUUGCAUGGCAUACGCUUCUCCUCCGAGACCUGGCAGAACCUGGGCACGCUGCACAGGCUGGCCCAGGCUGGCUACUGGGCUGUGGCCAUUGACCUGCCAGGUCUGGGGCGAUCCAAGGAAGCAACAGCCCCUGCCCCUGUUGGGGAGCUGGUCCCCAGCAGCUUUCUGGCAACUGUGGUGGAUGCCUUGGAUAUGGGCCCCCCAGUCGUGAUCAGCCCAUCGUUGAGUGGCAUGUACUCCCUGCCCUUCCUCGUGGCCCCAGGCUCCCAGAUCCGGGGCUAUGUGCCAGUGGCCCCCAUCUGCACUGACAAAAUCAAUGCUGCCGACUAUGCCAGAGUGAAGCUGAUGUCACUCGCAGUUGUGAGCGGCCGCCUCUCCCGGGGACAAUGUGGGACUGAGCGGCCCAGCCGCCGCGCCGCCACCGCCGCAGGACAGCCCCAGCGAGGGCCAAUCGACAAGGGUCCCCUCUUCCAAGAGGUCAGAGCCGGCCAGGCCACAGCGUGGACGCACUCCCAGGCGGCCUCGGCCCCAGCCCCGCCUGACAGGAUGAGCGGCUCAGACGCGGGGCUGGAGGAGGAGCCAGAGCUCAGCAUCACCCUCACACUGCGGAUGCUGAUGCAUGGGAAAGAAGUGGGCAGCAUAAUUGGGAAGAAAGGAGAGACUGUAAAGCGAAUCCGGGAACAGAGCAGCGCCCGGAUCACCAUCUCUGAGGGCUCCUGCCCUGAGCGCAUCACCACCAUCACCGGAUCUACAGCAGCCGUCUUCCAUGCAGUCUCCAUGAUUGCCUUCAAGCUGGAUGAGGACCUCUGCGCUGCUCCUGCAAACGGGGGGAAUGUCUCCAGACCUCCAGUGACCCUGCGCCUUGUCAUCCCUGCAAGCCAGUGUGGCUCGCUGAUUGGGAAGGCUGGCACCAAGAUCAAGGAGAUCCGAGAGACUACAGGUGCCCAGGUGCAGGUGGCAGGGGACCUGCUCCCCAACUCCACAGAGCGUGCUGUCACCGUCUCUGGGGUGCCUGAUGCCAUCAUCUUGUGUGUGCGCCAGAUCUGUGCUGUCAUCCUGGAGUCCCCACCCAAAGGAGCCACUAUCCCAUAUCAUCCAAGCCUCUCCUUAGGUACUGUCCUUCUCUCCACCAACCAGGGCUUCUCCGUCCAGGGUCAGUAUGGGGCUGUGACCUCAGCUGAGGUCACCAAGCUCCAGCAGCUCUCGGGCCACGCAGUCCCCUUCGCCUCACCCAGCAUGGUGCCAGCAGGACUGGAUCCUGGCACACAGACCAGCUCACAGGAGUUCUUGGUUCCCAACGACCUGAUUGGCUGCGUGAUUGGGCGCCAGGGCAGCAAGAUCAGUGAGAUCCGUCAGAUGUCAGGGGCACAUAUCAAGAUCGGGAACCAAGCAGAGGGCGCUGGUGAGCGGCACGUGACCAUCACUGGUUCACCAGUGUCCAUCGCCCUGGCCCAGUACCUCAUCACUGCCUGUCUAGAAACGGCCAAGUCUACCUCUGGGGGGACACCCGGCUCGGCCCCCACAGACCUGCCUGCCCCCUUCUCGCCACCCCUGACGGCCCUGCCCACCGCUCCCCCAGGCCUGCUGGGCACGCCCUAUGCCAUCUCCCUCUCCAACUUCAUCGGCCUCAAGCCUGUACCCUUCUUGGCUCUACCACCUGCCUCCCCAGGGCCACCGCCGGGCUUGGCGGCCUACACUGCCAAGAUGGCAGCGGCCAAUGGGAGCAAGAAAGCUGAGCGGCAGAAAUUCUCCCCCUACUGAGGCCAGCUGAGGCACAGGCACGGGAGCAGGCAGGACUGCCGGCAGGGGGCUGCCUCCACUAUCUGCCCAAGGAGACUCCACCCCGGGGGGGGGGUCCCAAAUGCCGCUAAUGCCCAGACGCAUGGAUGCACCCCCCGACCCUGCCCCGGUCUGUGGGAGUUCCUGCUCUCGGAGUGGGGGCUGUUUUUGGCCCAGGGUUCUGGGAGCUGCAGCAGCCCCAGGGUAGGGGUCUUGAUCCCCUCUAGCUCUGUGCUUGGAUGCAGGGAGCAUCCUAAGUGCCCCCACUUUGCGGGGGUCACUCAUGCACUCCCCAUCCCUCAGGGCUUCCCUGCCUCCUGUCCCCCUGUGGGGAUCAGGGGGGAGGCCUGGGGGCGGCUGGGGGCCAUGCUUCUCUCCCCACCUCCCUGCAGAUUCCUGCUGCUUCCACUGAUACCCUUUUGACUGGAAUGGACUGGCUGGGCUUGGCAGAGGGCAGCCCGAAGAGGGGGCACUGCCAGGCAGCUGGGGGAGUGGCAUGGGGGCAGGGGCCGAGUUCUCAGCAGCAGACACUCUGUACAGUUUUUUCAAUUCCUGUUUUUGAAUAAAUAUUCUGAGAGACCAGGAAGCUGUGAAACACUGUGGGUA